GUCGCCCCACGCUUGCAGAGGGCCUGAAGCGGGGGAGGGCGGGAACGGCCUGUUCUCCCCUCUGGCCCCAGCGCCGGUUCUCGGCCCGGGCGGGAACACGGGAUGCGCCGCCGGGCGGGCCGAGGAGCGGAGGACGGGGGCGGCGGGAGCCCUGUGGCGGCGCACGGGAGCCCGGAGCCUCGGGCAGCAGGAGCGCGCGGCCGUCGCGCUGCGGGAAGCGGACCUCCUGCUUCGGCGUCGGCCACUUCUCACACCAGCCCCGGGAGCUGGUGCUUCGCUGCGUCCCCCGCUGGCUCCUGUGUGGGGCUCCAUCCCGGCGGCUUGCUGCAGAAAGGAGGAUGGGCGGCCCGGCUGUGGCACUACGGGCCGGGCCCCGUUCCCGUGCCAGGAGAUCGCUGCCUGCGUUGUGAAGUGGGAUCAGAAAUGGAGCUUGAGCUACACAAGGUUUUAGGCUUUGAGCCGGUGGCUACCUGGGGUUUCACAAAACCCUUCCUGCUCCGUCUCUCUCAGACUCCUGCUUUGAAGGCUUUGCUCAAGUGUUGAUAUGUUCAUAGGUAUUUAAAGAAAAAAGCUUUCUGAACUACCUGUAGCUUUGUUGGGUCAUUCAUUUAAAGCAUGUGAUGCCUUGCAUGCACUUGCAGCUGCUGGUUGUGUGGAUGGACGGCUAGUGGAAGUUCAUUGGCUAAACUUGGCUCUCUGUUUGUGUGUGAGACAAUUUCAGUUUCACUACUGUUGUGAUCUUUGAUGUCUGGUUUAAAGAAUAGUAGUUGUAUGUUAGGCCUGUGAUGUAUUGCGGAGAUCUUGAUAGUUAUCGCCACAGAAACAUCGCUGAUUCUGGGGUGAAGACAGAAUAUUGGGUAGUAAUUGGUAUGGGAAUGCAGAAGGGAAGUAGAAAACUGCUGACAUACAACAGACCACCACAUGAAAUGCAGGCAUAUGGAUUUGAUUUUGAGUUGAAGGUUUGUUGGGAAAAUUGGCUUUACUGUUGAAUCCUUCCUUUGCAUGUUGGCAUUGCCAUUUUACUGAUUGAGAAGAUAGCUGUACAGAGGUGGGAAGCUCUUUAUCUAGAACUGUGACUUUCAAACAUGCAGUUGUCUGGGCUUGUAGCUGUUUUUCCAAAACAAGGAUGUAGCAAAUUUAGAAACGGUACUGGGUUUGCCAGUUACAGAAACAUUUUUGGUUUUAUUUCUUGUGCUAAUUCAGGUGAAGCAAUGGGCUAUUGUGGUUAUGAGGUGGCUGUGCAGAUCUGUCUCUUCCCUGGUCUGUCGCACUUGUUCCUGCAUAAUGUUGCAGUAUGCUUAAACAGUUAUCAGCCAGAGUUUAUUAUUGCUAAUGAUAUGAUAGUAAUUCCAUGCAUAGGUUUACCUUGUUUCUGUAGGGGAAUAUGCUAUGAAUUAUAUGGCUUUCAUGCUAUAGGAAUUGUUUAAAGAUCAGGAUAAGUCUGAGCUUCUCAAAGUAGUGUUUUUGGUUCUGUGACUGAAGGACAGUAGAUAUUUGGGGGGAAAUACAAAUGAGUUUAAUUUGUAACUUUCUGUACUCCUCGGAAUUUCUGCUUGUUGAAUUGUAUUGGCUCUGUCUUGUGGUUUUCUUCAUGAUGUGUCUUCAAGAAUACCCUGGUGGUGAGUAACAUAUUCUGUCAUGCACUUCAAAAGCAGGUGGAUUUCAGAAGAAUUGGACGUUUAAUGUAAUCUUCAGUGGGACUUAUGCAUCUUUCAAGGACUAAAUGAAGAGGUUUUUCCUUUUACCUUAUUGGCCAUUGUUUCCUGUGAACAGUUCAGUGUGGCACAAUUGAUGACCCAUUAAUCUUGGCAUGUUUUCAUCAUUUGCAGAAGCAACUUUACCUUUGAAUAUUUUACUUCUAAAUGGAUUCACAGGCAAAAGUGCAAGGCAUAACAUUUUGCUGAAUUACAUUGUCUGACUUGUAUUUCUCUUGGAACAAGGAAGGAAUCCUCUCCAUAACAACCCAAAUCGUGGUUUCAUUACAGUGCUUGGCUGUUAAUAUUAGCCAUUGAUAUGGAUGUACAAUAGCAAUGUGGCACAGUAUUUUAACCAGAUGUGAUAUCAGCCAUUAAUUAUGUCUCAUUUUCUUUCCACAGUUAAGUUGAUUUUACAGAAUUUAUCAGGUCUUCCAAGCAGAACCAGGUGAUUUUGCUGUGAGUUGAGCGCAGCAUGGCUGUAGUCAUCCGUUUACAGGGGCUUCCUGUUGUUGCGGGCCCUGCAGAUAUUCGCCGUUUCUUCUUGGGAUUGAAUAUUCCUGAUGGAGGAGUGCAUAUUAUUGGAGGAGAAACCGGGGAGGCUUUUAUUAUUUUUGCAACAGAUGAAGAUGCACGACGUGCCAUGAGCUGUUCAGGAAGCUUUAUCAAGGACUCCCGCAUAGAACUGUUUCUCAGCAGCAAAACAGAAAUGCAGAAUACUAUAGAAAUGAGCAGGAAAAGAUUUGAUCGUGGAAGAAGAGAAACCACAUCUGGGUCUAGACGAACAAGUCUUAGUAAUUCUGGUGCCUCAAGUGUCGGCAACAUUUCACAUUUAGUUGCAGCUAUUACAAAAGGAAUGAGUAAAAGUCCAUCAAAUCAUACAGAUGCUGGCUUCCAUAGCAAUGGUACAAGGCAUGGUGAUUCAAGUGUAGCAAACUAUAACCAGUCAAGGAAAGAGUUGCAUUCAGGUAACCUGUAUUUAUUUCUACGAGGUUUACCUUACUUUGCAACUGAAGAUGAAGUACGUGUUUUCUUUUCUGGGUUACGAGUGGAUGAAGUGAUCUUCAUAAAGCGUCGCAAUGGUUUGAAUAACGGAAAUAGUGUAGUAAAAUUUGCUACACCUAAGGAUGCCUUGGAAGGACUUAAACGUAAUAAACAAUACAUUGGCUCAAGAUUUAUAGAAAUAAGUCCAGCCCCAGAGCAAUGGAUCAAAUACUGUGAUAGAGCUAGCAUGAAGAAUGAGAUUGAGAUGGAAAUGGAAAUGGAUCCCUUUUUAAGUAAAGAGCAUUCUCCAGUGAGAAGUUCAAACUAUAUAUAUUCAAGGAAGCAUUCUCAUUCGAGAUCUCCUCCAAGGAGACAAAGAACACGAACACGGUCACGGUCACAUUCGCCUCAUAGCCAGGAUUAUUGGAUACACUUAAGAAAUCUGUCUACAAAUCUUGAGAAGAGAGAUUUGAGAGCUUUCUUCGGAGAGCUGGAUAUAUGUAGUAACCAAAUCAAGUUUUUAACAGACAAAUAUCAAAGGAGAACUAGAGAUGCUCUUGUGAUGUUGAAGAGUGAAAGAGAUUAUCAAGCAGCUUUGGGAUUUCACAGGAUGGUUCUUUUCAACCGCGCUGUGUACAUCUUUCCUAUUUCUAAAAGAUCGAUGUUGAAACUAAUUGAAUCUUACGAAAAGAAAAGAUCACAAGAAAGAGAUCGGCCUGGGCAGACUGUACUGGAAAAAGGUUACCGAGAGGGGCAUGCUGGCCCUAAAAUGUGCAUCUAUAUAAGAAAUUUUCCAUUUGAUGUGACAAAAGUUGAAGUGCAGAAGUUCUUCGCAGGAUUUGCUAUUGAUGAAGAUGAUAUUUACUUGCUCUACGAUGACAAGGGAGUUGGGCUGGGGGAAGCAUUAGUGAAGUUUAAAUCUGAAGAACAGGCAAUGAAAGCAGAAAGUUUAAAUCGGCGAAGAUUCUUGGGAACAGAAGUGUUACUAAGACGUAUAUCUGAAGAACAGAUGCAGGAAUUUGGUAUAACUAUUCCAACAUCAGCACCAGGUGAAAAGGUGCAUGGUCAUUCACAGGCGUAUGACAGAAAUGAGCAUUCUCGUCCAGUUGGCUCAUCAUCUGGACCACCACAAGGACCACCUCAGCAUUCGUUUGGUCCUCCUGGGAGCUUUAGGCAGGGUCCUGAUUUUAGACGCCCGCCUGACGAUUUCAUGUGUCCCCCUGAGGAUUUUAGAGGUCCCCAACAUUUCAUGGACUAUGGUGGUGAUGGCAAACACUUUGGGAGAAUGGAAUUUGGAAACAGGAACAUGGGGGGCUAUCCAGAGGGAAGAUUUAUGUUUGAUCCAAGCUUUGGUGGUGGUUCUGAUCAUGGAGUACCUAUCCAGUUAAAGAAUUUACCUUUUAAAGCCACCCCUAAUGAAAUUUUGGAUUUCUUCUAUGGCUACAGAGUCAUUCCAGAGUCUGUUACUAUACAGUAUAAUGAACAAGGAUUACCUUCAGGUGAUGCCAUUGUUGCCAUGACAAAUUAUGAGGAAGCAAUGGCGGCUAUUAAGGAACUAAAUGAUAGACCAAUUGGCCCACGCAAAGUUAGGCUCAGUUUACUCUAAAGGUUAAUUGCCUCUAAAAUGAAAAAACCUAGACUUCACAGUAUUGAUGGAUUCUUACUGACAAUUCUGUUAUUGGAAGAAGCAGAAGAAACUAUUUCCAUAAAAAAAGGAAGUUGUAAAUAGUGUCAGGUUCAGUUUUCCAUUUAUAGUUUUUGGUUCAAAUUGAUGUUUGUAAGGUAAGAUAUCUUAGCACUGUAUUAGGCUAACUUCCUUUUGUGGUGGGGGAGAGCCUAGUAAUCUUACUGAACUGUUGAUUGACUUUUAAUACCAAGAUAAAAUCUUGGAGCUGUAAUGCUUUUGAAGAUUUUUAGUGUGCUUUCAUUUCACGGUCCCAUGAUUCUUUAUAUCUUAUGAAAAUAUAAGUGCUGGCUAACUGACAUAAGAGACCAUUCAAAUUGGAUAACUAAUGUCAUCUUCAUUAACAAAUUACCUUGGGUUUUUAUCAAACCUACAUAUUUAGGAUAGAUAAACUGUAAAGAUGAACAAAUUCCUUAUGUGCACACUGUUAGUCUUCUUUGUUUUCCUGUGGUCACAGGUACCUCAAGUAGUUUCGUGUUCAAGUUAGCCAGCUUUACAACUUUUUAAUAAAAUAAUUUGCAACUGAC